AAUCUUGAGAUGAUGUUGGCUCCUAUACAAAAUAUUUCAUUCACAACAUUUUCACUUAUUGGCUUUCAUGAUUUGGGAGAAUGGGGGCCUAUUUUAUCGAUUCCCUAUCUUUUUAUGUUUUUAUUGUCCUCUACUUUAAAUCUUAUACUUAUAUACAUCAUAAUAUCUCAGAAGACUCUACAGACUCCUAUGUGUAUACUAAUUGGUCUUAUGGCAGUUGUGGACUUUUCUUUGCCAAUAUUUUUUAUACCAAAUAUGCUGCUAAAUUUCUUUUUUAAUUGGAAAGGAAUUUCACUUGUAGGCUGUUUGGUGCAAAUGUUUUGCAUUCAUUGUGUUGGUACAUUUCAAUGUACUACACUGCUUUGGAUGUCUUUAGAUCGUUUUUUUGCUAUAUGUAAACCCCUUUAUUAUCACAAAUAUAUGGCAAUGACCAACUUUCUAAAAUUUAUUAUAUUUCCAGUUAUCAGAAAUGUGUUCUUAAUUACCACAAUGGUUUCUUGGGCUGGAAAACUGACUUUUUGUGCAACAAAUGAAAUAAAUCAUUGUUUUUGUGAACACAUGGCAUUGGUGCAGCUGGCAUGUGGGGAUAUUACCAUUAACAAUAUGUUAGGGCUUUUGGUUAUUUUUCUUACCAUGACUACUGAUUUUAUUUUCAUUACAAUAUCAUACAUAGUGAUACUUUUUUCUGUCUUGAGAUCUGGUAAAACAAGCUUAAAGGCUUUUAAUACAUGCAUUACUCAUAUAAUUGUCAUGACAGUAAGUCUGGCUUUUGCUUUAAUUGCCUUUCUGUCAUACAGAAUAAGAAACAACUUCUCUCCCUCCAGCCGCAUAUUCCUGAGUACAAUGUACUUACUUUUCCCUAGCUGUUUUAAUCCAGUUAUUUAUGGAGUCCGAACCAAAGAAAUAAGACAACAGUUUCUAAAAUUGAUUAAGCAUUUCAAGGUCUUUCCAAAGUAA